CCCGAAGUAUCUCUUUGCGGUCGAGUGCUGCUAUUGGACAUGUUCUUUGAAAGGUUGAACAGAGUUCAGCCGCACUGCAGAGCGACAUUCAGCAGGGAGCGACAUUCAGCGGAGUAGUCCGACAACAACAAUAACAACAACAGUCGAAGCAACCACGUAAAUAUGGGGAUAUCUCCGAAAAGGCGGAAGAGGUCCAGUCUCUUGUCAGCCUUCCACCGACUCCGCAAGCGAUACCGUUGCCGGUCCUCGUCGAAACCGUCCGUUCCCUCUCCACCCACACACGAUGGCCCCUACCGAAUUACCAGCUCUACGCUUCGCCGCGCAGGGGGAAACGAUAUGCACCAGAACGACCUGGAUCAGUGUCGCAAAGUUCAUCCUGCUGAACUACGUCACGCAUGUGUUCACGGUGGUGUCGGCUCCGGGAGCAACAAAUCUCCAGAUUUUUACUGGUAUGAUUGCCGCUCUCUUCAUGCCGUUCUUGGGCACCUGGAGUGCAAUCGUCAUCAUCAUGAGACGCCCCGCCGUACUGCUUUCCUCGUUCCGGGCCGCUUCCGAGAGCGGCGCCAUGUGCAUGGUUGUCGGCUGCGAUAAAAAUGGCGCUGUUAUGGUGCCAACUGCUUUUGCGGAUGAGGGGCUGUGCCUGGAGGACUUAGAAUGGUCCCAGAACGACUUCAGGUACGUCCAUGGAAACCAUCCGGUGGCCAGCGGUGUCUGUCGCCCCGGCUACGGCAUCCAGCGUCUGGAGAGCGUUAUCGGCAAAGACAUAACAUAUCACCUGAUCCACAUCCCUCCGAAAUAUCGAAUAGAACCGCUGCAGGAGGGCUGCGAGCUCGAAGACAUAGAAAUUCCGAAUUCCUACAACUUUGUGCAGGCGAUUGCCGCGAUCGCACAGAUUUUAUUUGCCAGCAAGGAACUGUAUGACUCGCGCGGUGCCCAGAUCAAUCAAUACGGCUAUGCGGCGUUCGGAUUGACGGUAAUACCGUACCUUUGGAUGUCGUUUCUAAACCUCUUUGCGGCGGUGUUGCACUCCCACUACUCGCACAUGUACCUCGUGCAUUAUGGUGGCGGUGAAGAGCUGAACGACAGCACCCCAGCGAACGAGAACACUCCAUCCAUCGACGGCACGGAAGAGGGGAAACGGGCUAGUAUCAACGUACGCACGAUUGAUACGCCGGAGGAUGACGCUCAGCGGGAGAAGAAUCCCGAUGCGCAGGCGCUCGAACGACGGCGAAAAGCGGAGUGGAACCAAGCAUUACGAGAUUCUGUGAUCGGUGCAGUAGGAUUGGUAUACAUUCGUCCGGAGACCCUCAAAGAGGCGCCAUACCAGAGGUUAUGGCGCUUAUGCGAGAGCCUCAUAACCGGCAAGAUAUUGGACACGGGCACACUCUGCAAGGAGAUCGGCCAUUUCGUCAUAUGGGGUGUCUCGCUCCUCAUCCCCUACAUCAUUAUACACUUCAUGACGCGCUUCGAGGCAGCCAACAGCACUGCUGUCCAGCGGUUCGCCGUUGUCGGUUGGCUCGCUAUGGGACAGGCACUGGCGCUUUUGCUACCAUUUUUGCGCUUGUAUGGUAAACCCUUGGCCAAGGGGCUUCAUUUCUUUACCAUGAUGUUGUUGUUGAUUCCGGUGGGGGUCUUCUCGGUGGUGAUCGUUUCCAAGAUGAUACUGGAGAGCGGUUUUUGCACGAAGAUGUGACUAGCAGCCGGCUUUGGAGUUUGCAGGAAUUUACCGGUAUCUAUGUUUGAGAAAUUUGUCAAUGACCAAUUUUCUGUACCGAAGGCGCAUCCAAUGCAAAGGUGCCACAUCGUCGUUGCUUCGGCGUGGAAGUGAC